AUGGGGCUGGGAUGGGGAGAGAAUAAAGGAGCCAGGACCUGUAGCACCAACUCAUACUCAGACCCUGAACAAGCACCCGACGCCUUCUCUUCUCUUUUUCUUAAACGAAAGGCUCUGGUCUUCCCCUCUGCCUUCUUUCUGCUGUUUUAUGUCUUCCGGACACCUUCUGCCAGGCUGAAGACACUCCAUUUGGGAAGCUGUGUGCUGAUCACCACAAGUCUUCAGGCAAUUCGAGGUGGAUUUUCAGAGAUACAGGACAGACAACCCAAAGAUGAAAUCAUUGACCUCAGAAUCUUGAGGAAGACUCAGCCUUUGCAAGACACGAAGCCUGCAGGUCAGUGCUGCCUCCUCCGCCAUAUACUGAGACUCUACCUGGACAGAGUAUUCAAAAACUAACAGACCCCUGACCACCGUAUCCUCCAGAAGAUCAGCGGUCUCGCCAACUCUUUUCUUACCAUCAAGAAGGACCUCUGUCUCUGUCAUGCCCGUAUGACAUGCCCUAGUGGGGAGGAAGCAAUGGAGAAAUACAGCCAGCUUAUGAGCCACUACGAAGAGCUUCAGCCUCAGGCAGCAGUGGUGAAGGCUUUGGGGGAGCUAGACAUUCUCCUGAGCUGGAUGGAGAUGGACUAG